AUGGCUCUUCAGCAGGCAGAGAAAGACCAGUUUGGCAUCCAGGUCGCAAGGGAACUGUCGCAUACCCCGUACGCCAUCUCUUCCCAGGCUCUCCUCAGCGGCGGAACAGCCAAUUUUUUGUUUCGUGGCACUCUGGUUCAACCCCUGCCAGACGGCGCAAAAACUGUCGUCAUCAAGCAUUCAGAAGAAUUUGUUUCCGCGAGUCGGGAUUUUCCCUUAGAUGUUUCGCGUUGCCUCUUUGAAGAGGCAAUGCUCAAGGCCUUGCAGCUUCUCCCAUCCAUUACUGUAGACAAUAUCCAUCUUAGAACCCCACGUCUCUACCUAUUCGAUGAGAAGACAAAUACCCAGGUUUUAGAAGAUCUAGUCAGUACCAUCGACCUAAAGACAGUGUUGGAGUCUCCCACGGCAUCGACUGCCUUGCCCCAUCCCUUUGCAACGGGCAUCGGUCAUGCGUUGGGUGCCUGGCUUCAGUCUUUUCACACAUGGGUUUCAGAGCCAGCACCGGCUGCUCUAUUAAAGGAUCUAGGUGAUAACGAACCGAUGCGAAAAAUAAGAUACUCUAUUAGCUAUGGAGCGUUUACAAACAUAGUUCAAAAAUUCCCCAAAUAUGGGAGCGAUGCGGAACCACGCUGGAAGAGGUCAGAGACGUGGCGACUGCCGAAUACUCCCAAAAACCCCAAGACAAAUAUCCUUAUACCAGACAAUGCGUCACUUGUGAGAGAGCAUUCAACAAAUCUUUUCAUUAUCGAUUGGGAGUUUGCUCAGUUCGGCCGCAAAGAGUACGACCUCGGCCAGAUAAUCGGUGACCUAUAUGAGCGUAAACAUUUCAUGGGUGCUGAAGGCGCGCUCUGGAUAAUCCAAGGUUUUACUGCCGGCUAUGGUGUUCUCAGUGAUGAGAAGGCUUUUCGCAUUGCUAUCCACGUAGGGGUACACUUGAUUUGCUGGUAUAUCAGGCGAAAUCCAAUGGCUCCAUUCACAGAGCCUCCAGAGCAGAUCGAGAACGCCAUCCGUAUCGGGACUGAUUUCAUCGAGAAGGGAUGGAAGAGAGACCUGGCAUGGUUUAAGAAGAGCGAGUUGGCAUGUCUGUUCAAAAGAGAAUAA